UCGAGUCGAGUCGAGGUCAGUCUGUCAUCAUGGCGGACAAAAGUGGGUCGGCUGCUGGGCAAGCCCAGGUGAAAAUUGGCCAUUAUAUUUUAGGUGACACUCUCGGAGUUGGAACCUUUGGAAAAGUUAAAAUUGCUACUCACCAGUUAACUGGUCAUAAAGUAGCUGUAAAGAUCCUGAACAGACAGAAGAUAAAGAAUCUUGAUGUUGUUGGAAAGAUUCGCAGAGAAAUUCAGAAUCUCAAGCUCUUUCGACACCCUCAUAUAAUCAAACUCUAUCAAGUGAUCUCAACUCCUACUGACAUAUUCAUGGUCAUGGAACACGUAGCUGGUGGAGAACUGUUUGAUUACAUUGUGAAAAAUGGGAGACUUAAAGAAGGAGAAGCGAGGCAGUUUUUUCAGCAAAUAAUUUCCGGAGUGGACUACUGCCACAGACACAUGGUAGUCCACAGAGAUCUCAAACCAGAGAACCUCCUGUUGGACUCGCGCAAAAAUGUCAAAAUUGCUGACUUUGGGCUUUCAAAUAUGAUGACUGAUGGAGAAUUUUUACGUACAAGUUGUGGAUCUCCCAAUUAUGCUGCACCUGAGGUUAUUUCGGGAAAACUUUAUGCAGGACCUGAAGUAGACAUUUGGAGCUGCGGAGUUAUUCUGUAUGCCCUCCUUUGUGGCACACUUCCCUUUGAUGAUGAGCAUGUUCCGACCUUGUUUAGGAAAAUCAAAUCUGGUAUAUUUGCCAUUCCUGAAUACCUUAAUAAGGAAGUGGUUAGUCUUCUAUGCCACACGCUGCAAGUGGACCCUGUCAAACGAGCAACGAUGAAGGAGAUCCGAGAGGAUCCGUGGUUUAAAAUGGAACUUCCAGAAUAUCUGUUCCCAUCUUCACAAGACCAUGAUGCCUCCAUUGUCAACACAGAGAUUGUCAGGGAGAUUUGUGACAAAUUCAGCGUGGAAGAAACGGAAGUUCACCGAGCUUUGCUUACAGAUAACCCACAUGACCAGCUGUAUAUAGCAUAUCAUCUCAUUUUGGAUAACCAGCUCAUGCUUGAUAAAGCUUCAAGCGAGUAUGAGGAGUUCUACCUCGCAUCUAGUCCACCGCCAGAGGCUUUCAGUAUGGCCUCCAGUCCCAUGAGACCCCAUCCAGAACGCAUGCCAGAAAUGAAGAAUACAUCUCACACAUUGGAUCCAGUCAUUGAUAAUAAGAACAGUGGUCACGCAAAGAAAGCAAAGUGGCAUUUAGGAAUAAGGUCCCAGAGCAAACCCCAGGACAUAAUGCAUGAAGUGUACCGAGCGAUGAAGUCAUUAGACUAUGAUUGGAAGGUGAUCAACCAGUGGCAUGUAAGAGUGAGGAGGAAGAAUCCUGUCACUUUGAGAUUUACCCGUCUGAGCCUGCAGCUGUAUCAAGUGGACCAGAAGAGCUACCUGCUGGAUUUCAAGAGCCUCAACAACUGCAGCGAGCCCACAGAGAUGAGCCCCCCGGCCAGCAGCACCAGCCCAGCCAGCUCCGGCUCUCAGCUGUCCAUCGACGAUCGCAUGGAGACAGACGACGACAGCAACCUGGGCCAGCCGCAUCAGACCCUCGAGUUCUUUGAGAUGUGCGCCAGUCUCAUCUGUGCCCUGGCCCGAUAGUCUGGGGAAAAUUGACGUUGUUUCUCUCCUCUUUGAGUUGAGCUUUGAUGGGAACUGGCUAUAGGGGGUGAAAUGAGAGAAAAGCAUUGGUUUCUCCUGAGUGAAAGCUGAAAGUCCCUGACGCAGACUGGUGUGUGGUCAAGGCGUGGAGGGAAUGAAAUAUUAUAUUGAUCUCUUGGCCGUGUAAAACCGUCUAAAAUAUGCUCCACAGACCGGGGGCUGUCGCUUUUCCAUAAAUUAUGGGAUGGUCCAAUAUCUUUGGCUCUUGUUUGUUGGUUAUUAUAUUAACAUGAUGUCUGAGGUAAGCUUUCACUGUUGUUGACAAUCCAGUAGUUUCCAGAAGUCCUUCUACACUUGGACGAGGUUUACAAAGACUCUGGUGGAGCAGUAGAAUGGUGAGAGUGAACCGUUGGGUGUUGCAGCAUUCUAAGUGGUGUGUCAGUGCUGGAUUUUUCAAGGUUGUGGUUCCAACCCUUGACACUUACUGUGGAGCAAGAUCAUGCUGACUAGGUCCCAAAUUUACCUGUUGCCACUGUUUUAGGAAGAACUAAUCAUUUCAGAAUUUCAGUUUUGUUUGCUCACCCUGUAACUCGAGCUCAAACUGAGUUGGGCAUUUUUAUUGUAACAGCAAUGAAUGUAAAAUAAAACUGAGCUGCCAUCAGAAAAGUUUCAAGAAACCUGUGGUAGAAAGUAUUUGUUCAAGAAAUUCAUUCAGUGCUUUUAUUCGUUAGUGCCAAAAUUUGCAUGGCUGCUCUCGUGUUUUAUAGAACUAAUGGGAAAUUAAGGUAUCUAAUUUGUGCAGAAAGAACUUUGUGCCGUGUGUUUGUUCUCUAAUUCCCUUCUUCUUGAACAUGCCGCUUUUGAUAGUGAUCGGUGAUAACAAGUAAAAUGCGAAGAGAUUUUGCAAGUUUCUCUCUGGGAUGCCCACUGCCUGUCAUCAUCCUUUAUUAUCAUUUUUAUUUCUCCCAAGAGUGUUAUGGUUUCUGAAAGGGUGGUUGCGUCUGUGGUAGCAGUGGGGAUGUUGUCAAAGGGUAGUGCUUUUGCCUGUUGGUACACGUUGAGUUUUGCUCCUGACAAUUUAAGUGAUUGGUUGACUGAAAAUGGCUCUGUGAUGUUUAUGUUUCCUGGGAGUUUUUCCUUUCUAUUUUGUGUUCUUAACUUCUUUAGUGUACAUACUGUGUUGAUAAUUCUCUUUGCCAAUGUAUCUGGUUCUCUACGUACCUGUGGUUUGACCUGGAGAGGUGGGGGAUGGGGUUUAUGUGAUUAUUUGUCUGCCUGUUGGUCUCAGACAGAGUGGCUGAACUGUGUAUUUUUCACUUUAUUUAAAUGUUUAUACUUCUUUGAACACAACAGGUUUAGUCUUCGUCAUGUUCAUUCUUUGAUACACUAAUUACAGGGGCAUAAUGAGUACUGUUAAGUUUUUAUAGUGUUCAGUUGGUCUGUUCAUAAUUUUGAUGCAUUGCAUACAGCAAAAAAAACGGAUAAGGAGGAAAAUUAGCUUACAGGAUUUUACAAGCUUUUCUCAGUUUCUAAUGUGUUUUGUACCUGUUUAAUAAGCCCACAUUGUACUCUUCCUGAACAGAGGAGCAUUUCUUUUUGCCACUGUCAUGCAUUAUUUCAAAAUUUAUAAAGUGACAGCUGAUUAAGUUCUUUUGCAUUUCUGUGAAGUCUUUGUAUUUGUAUUCAGAUUUGAGUGCAUCUUGUAAGUUUUCGUAUCAGUAAUCAAGAAUUUUUUCUCCCCUAUAACCUGGUAACUCAGCAUCAGCUUGUAACAGGACAUUUUUCUUUUGGCAGUGAUAAUGGCACAUAAGCUUUUCAGGGCAUGAAUAUAUAUAUAUAUACUGCAUACUCCCCAGGUGGAGUGAAAUAUUCUCAGUAGUUUUCGUACUUUUUCAAACUUACUCAACUGGGCUUUAAGUCAACUAUUUUCUAACUGAAUCAUACUAAUUGGUGGUUGAUAGACCUCUGGAUCAAAAACAACUACAAAUAUAUGUGUAUUGGUUGCAUUCUUGCCCUGGUAGGAGAUUGGAUUGGUUAACAUUUGAACAACAUCAGUUGUGUAUGUGUCCUCCUGUAGGUUUUUCUUCCUUAUUAUUGUCGAGCUCUGAAAAGACAUUGCACCUUGCUUGCAACAUCAAUUUUCUAAUUUCAAACAUCUUUGGCUGAGAGCUAGGGAUAGCUUGCUUGUUUUGAAAAAAGUCGAUUUUUAUGUGAAGUGUAAAAAAGAAGUACUUGUGCAAAUAUAUAUUAUAUCAAGAACUGCAAUUGUGGCAAAACUAAUGGGCGGAUUCAUACAGACAUGAUGGAACAUCAUAUUUGAAUAACUCAAUUUUGCUGUUAGGGCAUUCUUGCUACACUGCAAUCGUUAUAAGUUUUAAUGACCUCUGGCUUGCAGCUGACGAUUUACUGGGAACUUCAAAGUUUUCAUUGUUUUCGAAUUUUUUCUUUAGCUCGAUGAGUUUGUGUUUUUAAGGCUUUCAUUUUGGUUUGAGUUGUCAUUAUAAUGAAAUUGAUCUAUAAUUUAAACGCAUGAGAGAAUGGAAACUUUGUGCUGUUGUAGGGUAGGUAGGGAGGGUUUUGCUGUGAGGCUAAACAGUAUCAUUUAUCAAAGGUUUUUACUUUUCUGUCUAGAUCUACUUCUUGUGACAAACUGGAGAGUGAUGAAUACCCCAUUGUUAGCAAUGUCUUGUAUUUUGUUUAUGCUGUUUAUGUAUGUUUUGGAUUUGGUGAUAUUUUCAAGAAUUUGGAAAUUUUGAUCAAUGUAUUGUAACCAAGAAAGGUGUGUUGUUUGUCUAGAUAGAAAUGAAGACAACUUGGGGGGGGGUCAAUCAAUUGAAAAAAAAAGGCUCAAAUCAAUUCCUGUGUAUAAUAAUAUACAGUAGUCACUUGGGUUUGUAUAAUUUGCAUGUACUGAUUUAAUUCUUUGUUUUCAUUAGUUCCUUAAUUUUCAAGCAUCAUUAUAAAUGAAUUAUGAAGUGAUGAAGAUGGUAAAACAGCCACUACCUGGUUCUGUACUGUAAAGGAUGUUGGACAAUAUUAUAUAAGAGGUCUCUUUUGCUUCUGGAAAAAAAAUAUAUAUGAGGUCUCUUUUAUUUCUGGAAAAAUGGGUUAAGUGAGAGGUUCCCCUUUAUUAUAGAAAUAUCAACUGCUCAGUGUAAAAAACUGUCAUACAUCACUUUUUAAAAUGACGUAUGCCUUAGUUUUAUACUAAGCAGUCGAAAUGGAUUUAAAAGUUGUAUGUAGGCCAGCCAAAAAUGGGGUGCUUUUCAAAAGCAGACAAGCGUUCAUAUUAUGGGUCAUGAAAAUAGUGAUAGACUUUUCUAAUUUCUAAGGAAUUGUUUACUUUUCUCUCCAGAGCUUUUGAAUGUCAGUUUGUAACUUUCACAGUGCUGAGCAACCUAUGCUGUGCAGGAUGUGUAUCCUGAGAAAAGACUUUCUGUUCACCUUUGCUGACAGAUGACAUCAGACUUCAGAAGCUCCAAACUUAAACCCAACUUCUGAUCAGCACCUUUUAUUUUGGCUGGCGUCAUGGUAUAUAUAUAUAUAUCUAUUGUAUGCUCAUACACUUGAUACAUGAUUUAUUUUUAUCGAUAUCAAUUAUCUAAGUAAUGUGAACAAUGACACCAAAUAAAAUUUAACCCAAGAGAAGAAA